CCAUUCUCUUUUGGUGGCGACGUCCCCUAGGACUCGAAAAUAGAUCGAGCCGCUAGGAGGCGGAGGAGACGCUCCCACGGCCACCCUUCUUGUCGUUGUUGUGAGAAUCGAAAUCCAUUAAGGAAGUUCAAAGAAGAUGAUGUCGAGCGGUGGCUACACCACCGUUGACGACGACCACAAUAAGAACAGCGUCGUCUCCGGAUCCGUCCCGGUAGCUGUCUCCGAUCCGGAUCACGUGACCCUCAAAUUCACAGAGUCCAAACUGCAUACCUUUCCACCUUCAUCCGAGUCCCAGGGCAAGAUCGCCGCCGUCUUCCGCCCCCCUUCCGAUGCUGACGAUAGCUUUUCAAAGCCAGCUCGCGGGAUCUCAGAUGAGCCCCGAUCGACGGGAUGGAUGCAUGCUUUCACCGUCGGUGCAUACAAGCCGUACUUUGAUGUGGAUACGUCUGAUGUCUUACAAAGGAUCAGAGACUCCCUUUUCCCAUUCAGGGGGACCUUCACCGAGAAUACGGCAGAUAAUCCGGACCUGUAUGGCCCAUUCUGGAUAUGCACCACUUUGAUCUUUGUGGUGGCUGCUAUUGGCACAUUUGUCACUUAUGUGGCACAUGAGUUGCAGAAGAAAGAGUGGAACUACGACAUUAACCUGGUCACGUGGUCUGCUGGUUUAUUCUAUGGCUAUGUCACCUUGGUCCCUCUUGGUUUAUACGCCAUACUUAAGUACUUUUCAGCACCAUCCGGGCUCGUUCAGCUUUGGUGUCUAUAUGGAUAUUCCUUAUUUGUUUUCAUUCCUGCCUCGUGUCUCUCCAUUGUACCUGUAGAAAUCUUCAGAUGGGUGAUUGCUGGUGUUGCCGGAUUCAUGUCUGCAACUUUUGUUGCCCUCAAUCUUCGUACGCACAUCAAAUCUGCUGGGGAGAGAUGGUUCCUGAUUGUUGCUGGAAUAUUUUUGUUGCAGUUAGGUCUUGCGGUAGUUUUGAAGCUCUACUUCUUCACUAUUACAGUGGGAACGAAUUAAUAUGGUAUUCUU